AUGUUCUUUGAUAAUACAUACAAGUGCAGAACUCUUGAACUUAUUGUCAAUGACAAUAAGAAUGGUAAAUAUGUAUCAAUCAACGAAAUUGAACCACAUCUUGAUGUUAUCUCCAAUUCUAGACAAAUUAUCCCUGCAACACACAUCGACAUCGAGUUGAGCAGUGAAAAGAAGUGCAAGAUUGUCAAGAACGGCUUGUAUUACAACGGAAAAGGCCUCCAACUUGACAAAGGCUGCAAGUUAACAUUCAAUGUCAAACUUAAUGAUACAGGAGAUUCCAUUGGUGUCCUCGGAGAUAGAACAAUCUAUGGCGGUGUCUUCGAGUUCUCUGUUGGUGGAGACUACAGAGGAACAGUUGACACAGAGAAAUCCUUAAUUCUGAAAAGCAGUUUCUGCCUGGAUAUUCUAUUACCAGCAGCCACUUGUGGUGUAAGAGGCUUAAGAAUGGAACUGACUAUGAGGUUCAGAUCAAAGUCACAGAAGGAUCAGUAA